AUGAUUGAUGAUGAUGAUGAUGAUGAUGAUGAUGAUGAUGAUGAUGAUGAUGAUGAUGAUGAUGAUGAUGAUGAUGAUGAUGAUGAUGAUGAUGAUGAUGAUGAUGAUGAUGAUGAUGAUGAUGAUGAUGAUGAUGAUGAUGAUGGGAAUAAAUGCCCUAUUUACUACAAUAACAAUAAACAUGUUUAUAUAAGGGAAGGACGUGUGAACCACAAUAUGACGAAAGCAGAUGUCGAAUAUGCAAUUUAG